GUUGCUUUCAUAAUGGGGUCCUUUAAAAAUAUGGCGGUGAUGUAAACACACGUUUUACCCUGCUUCCAUCAUUUAUUAACCAUAAACCCUGUAGCUACUUGGUUGUUGUAAUUGUACCAAUAUUUUCAAAGCAAGAUGAGUAUGCUAGCAGAACCUAGAUCUCGUCAAAAGUGGAGCGACGAUCCAAGAAACACUAGAUGGGCAAAUGAUAAAUCAAAGUUUGGUUAUCAAAUGCUAACAAAAAUGGGAUGGUCUGAUGGCAAGGGUCUUGGGCAGAAGCAAAAUGGAGCUGUAUCCCACAUCCGAGUAAGGAAAAAUAGAAGUAAUGCAGGCAUUGGUUCAAAACAUUCUCAUGAUGAUGAUUGGAUCUCGCAUCAAAACGAUUUCAAUGAUUUGCUAAGUCAGUUAAAUAAAGGUUCUGGUGGCAGCUCCAACAAAAUUCAAAGUUUGGAAGAUAAAGUAAAGUCUUCAAAGAAAAAGAUAUUAUAUACGAAAUUUGUCAAGAGUAAAGAUCUGUCAAACGCAUCAAGUCAUGAUUUGGCCUGCAUAUUUGGACAGCGAAGUAAAUCGGCUCCAGCCACGCCUCAGCUAAGUGAUGAGGAAGGAAACGUUUCCGACACCAGUGCAGCUUUGUGUCCUGUCACUGACGCGGCACAGACCACGCAAGAGCAUGGUAUCACCACGGUUCAUUCCGGUGUAAGCGUGGCGGAUUAUUUCGCUAAAAAGAUGGAGGCGUUGGAGAGAGCAAGAAACAAUAAAUCCAGUGAAGUACUUCUACCUGUUGGGGAAGAUAAGAAUAAUGUGAUCAACGAUGAUGCUGCGAACAUUAUCAGUAAAAAGAAAAGUGUAGAAGAUGUAAAAGAAGAUGUUGAAAGUGAGGAGAAAUUACCCAAUGCAGAAAGCGAUAGCGAGUUUAUUAUGAUGAAAAUUAAAAAGAAAAAGAAACGUGAUGUUGAUAAAGAGCUUGGAAGAAGCGAUGAGAAUAAUGUCAAUGAAAAUAUUGAAAGUAAAGAAAGUUUGAAAAAGAAAAAGAAAAGGAAAAAGAAAAAUGAACGUGAGGUUGAUGAAGAAAUAGAAGAGAGUGAUGGCAGCAAUCAAAAGGAAAUCAAUGACGAACUUAAAAGUGAGGAAAGCUUUAAAAAGAAGAAGAAAAAGAAGAAGAGGAGACUUGAUGAGGAGACAGAAAAUAAUAUCGAACCAAAACGAAAAAAAGAGGGAGAAGAGACAUGUGAAAUUAAUUGCGAAGUUGCGAAUGGUGACGAAAAUGAAGUUGUUGAAAAAAAGUCGAAGAAGAGAAGAAAUGUGGAUGAAGUUGGUGUUGUGUUGAUUACUGAACAUGAAAAUGAAAUAAAGAAGGUUAAAAAGAGAAGAAAUGGAUUGAGAAAUGCUGAAGAAUGUGUAGUUAUAGAAGAAGAAGAAGAUAGUACAGAAAAGAGGAAGUUGAAAAAUAAAAUCAAAGUUGUUGAAGUUGAUAGUGACUGUAUUGUUGUAAAUGAAGAUGAUAAAAGAAGUGAUGAUAAGAAAAACAAAAGAAUUAAAUCAAAGACAGUCUUAGAAACAGAUGUUGUGAAGAAUAACAACUCUGUUUCCAUUGAAAUUUUUGAUAGUGAAGAUGAGAAAAAAAUGAAGAAGAGCAAGAAGAAGACUGAGUUAGUCGAAUGUGUGGUUAUAAAUGAUGAUGAAGAAGAAAAUAUAACGAAGAAAAAGAAGAAGAAACGGAAGAAAGUAAACGAAUGAGUCAAUAGCGAAUAUAAUUUUUAUAUAUUA